CUAUUUCUUCUCUUACUUGGGUACAAGCUGCCUCCAGCACCAUGGCCUUUUCAUCGAGAUUUGCCUUCUGGGAGCAAAAGGGAAGUUGGAUUUCAAAAUCUUGGUUCUCUUAUGUGCUCGGCAUGGUGAAGCUAGAGACGGAUUGGAGCAUGUGUGUGCAUAUGGCGGGGGGCGGGUGCAGGGAGAAUGGCCAGUGGCUGCGGAGCCCUUUUCUGUCUUGAUGGCUUCUGUGCUGAAUCACUCUCCUCCCCAAGCUCCACCUCUGGUAAGCUGAGAAGCCUUUUGUGAUGCUGGUGCCUCUCCAAGUUAAUCCCUCCACACCCUUCCACCGCCUGCAGCUCAGACUCUCCCCUGGGACCUUGGGGUCCUAGGGAAGGCUUAGUUCUGAUGCCUGUGGAGCUCAGACUCCCUGAGUCUGGGAGAUGAGGUGGGUAGAAGAAAGGAGCUUCGAGUGGGGCUUUCAGGCCAGUUGUCAGCUAGCUCCAGAGAGAGAGUAGUCCAGGCUGUGGCUGACUUGGGCAUGCCUUUGUGUGUAUGCACAGUCUCUGGCUGGACAAUGACCCACAGAGCCAGAAGCUUCAGGGAGGGGGGAGGGCUAGGGGAGUGAGUCAGCCUGAGGCUAAAUUCAGAGCUGAGCUCAUACCUGAGCCCAGUGUCCCAGACACUUUGAGGGGCAACCAGCAUUUCCAAUGCCUCACCUUGGACAGCUGUUUGGGACCCCAGACACAGGCUACUGGAGAAAGGACAAAUUUGGAGCUGGUUAAAGAGGAGGACAAAAGUGUGCCAAAACCCGGCCCUCCGGGCAAAGAGGAAGGGGCUCUAGAGACCAGCUCUAAGGACAGCAGUGCCCCACCUAGGAGUCCUCAACCUGCCACCAGCCCGGUACCCUCAGAGACUUCCCAGAGAGUCAAGAGUCCCGAACCCACGCUCACUAUGAAUGGCCUAGAGGCUGCCCCAGCAGAGGGCCCAAAUGAAGAGGCCCAAAGUCUGUCCCGGAAGCGGGUGGCGAAUGCAGUGAGGAAGGUGGUCAGCAAGGUACUGCCUGGCGAGGAGCCUGGGAAUGCCAAGGAGCCUCCAGGCCGAGGAGCCAAGUCCCCUGAGCAUCCAGCUCGAGGCAAGAAGGGAGAAAAGGCAGCCUCUAGUCCCAAGCCCCCACCACCGCCACCACCUCCUCCUCCUCCUCCUGCUCCACCAAAGCCUGAAGCAAAGAAGGAGGCGGCCAAGGAUGAGCUCUCCCUGGGCCUACGCAGUCUGAUGUCUAAGGGCAGAGGCAAGGACCACAAGUCCCGCAGCAAGCAGCCUCCUGGGAAAGGGGAGAAGGCCCCCAGCCAGGAGCCAGCCCCUUCUGGAGAAUCGGGCUCUCCAGACAUGGUGGACUCCCCAAAGAAAGCAGGAUCCCCAAGCCCAGCGCAAGAGCUUGCUGAGCCAAACUUGGCCAGCCCGAAGCUGACGCCCUCCGGAGAGCAGCAGGCCAAGUCGCCAGCCUCUGAUGUGCAGCAGGAGACAGGAGCUGACCCCGGGGUCCGGCUGAGUCCUGCAGAGGAAGCACACCAGCGACUUGAGAGGAUCUUCACAGCUCCUCUGGACCCUGUGGCCGCCUCUCCUGCCCACAGCCAGGCCAAGACAGAAGAGCAGAUUGCCGCUGAAGAGGCCUGGUAUGAGACGGAGAAGGUGUGGCUGGUCCAUAGAGAUGGAUUCUCCUUAGCCAGCCAGCUCAAGUCGGAGGAGCUCAGCCUACCCGAGGGGAAGGUGCGCGUGAAGCUAGACCACGAUGGAGCCAUCCUGGAUGUGGAUGAAGAUGACGUAGAGAAGGCUAACGCUCCCUCAUGUGACCGACUAGAAGAUCUGGCCUCCUUGGUGUACCUCAACGAGUCUAGCGUCCUGCAUACACUGCGCCAGCGCUAUGGGGCCAGCCUGCUACACACCUAUGCCGGCCCUAGCCUGCUUGUCCUUAGCCCCCGAGGGGCUCCUGCUGUGUAUUCAGAGAAGGUGAUGCACAUGUUCAAGGGGUGUCGGCGGGAGGACAUGGCACCCCACAUCUAUGCUGUAGCCCAGACUGCAUAUAGGGCCAUGUUGAUGAGUCGUCAGGACCAGUCCAUCGUCCUUCUGGGCAGUAGUGGCAGUGGCAAGACCACCAGCUCUCAGCAUCUGGUGCAGUAUCUGGCUACCAUUGCCGGCACCAGCGGGAACAAGGUGUUCUCAGUGGAGAAGUGGCAGGCUCUGGCCACCCUCCUGGAAGCCUUUGGGAACAGCCCUACCAUCAUGAACGGCAGUGCCACCCGCUUCUCCCAGAUCCUCUCCCUGGACUUUGACCAAGCUGGCCAGGUGGCUUCAGCCUCCGUCCAGACCAUGCUCCUGGAGAAGCUGCGUGUGGCCCGACGCCCAGCCAGCGAGGCCACUUUCAAUGUCUUCUACUACUUGCUGGCCUGUGGGGACAGCACCCUCAGGACAGAGCUCCACCUGAACCACUUGGCAGAGAACAAUGUGUUUGGAAUUGUGCCAUUGUCCAAGCCUGAGGAGAAGCAGAGGGCUGCUCAGCAGUUCAGUAAGCUACAGACGGCCAUGAAGGUGCUGGCCAUCUCCCCUGAGGAACAGAAGGCCUGCUGGCUCAUCCUGGCUUCCAUCUACCACUUGGGGGCUGCUGGAGCUACCAAAGGUGGACGUAAGCAAUUUGCCCGUCAUGAAUGGGCCCAGAAGGCCGCAUACCUGCUAGGCUGCAGCUUGGAAGAGCUGUCCUCAGCGAUCUUCAAGCACCAGCUCAAAGGCGGCACCCUGCAACGGUCUACCUCCUUCCGUCAGGGCCCUGAGGAGAGCGGCCUGGGAGAGGGCACCAAGCUGAGUGCUCUGGAGUGCUUAGAGGGUAUGGCGUCUGGCCUCUACAGCGAGCUCUUUACUCUCCUCAUCUCCCUGGUAAACAGGGCUCUCAAGUCCAGCCAGCACUCACUGUGUUCCAUGAUGAUUGUGGAUACACCAGGCUUCCAGAACCCUGAAUGGGGUGGCUCAGCCCGUGGCGCCUCCUUCGAGGAGCUGUGCCACAACUAUGCCCAGGACAGGUUGCAGAAGCUGUUCCAUGAGCGCACCUUCCUCCAGGAGUUGGAAAGGUACAAGGAGGACAACAUCGAACUGGCGUUUGAUGACUUGGAGCCAGUCACAGAUGACUCAGUGGCUGCUGUGGACCAGGCCUCCCACCAGUCCCUGGUUCGCUCACUGGCCCAUGCCGAUGAGGCAAGAGGACUACUGUGGCUCCUAGAAGAGGAGGCUCUGGUGCCAGGUGCGACUGAGGAUACCCUCCUGGACCGUCUUUUCUCCUAUUAUGGCCCCCAGGAAGGUGACAAAAAAGGUCAGAGUCCUCUUCUGCGCAGUAGCAAACCACGGCACUUUCUCCUGGGCCACAGCCAUGGUACCAACUGGGUGGAGUACAAUGUGACCGGCUGGCUGAACUACACCAAGCAGAACCCAGCCACCCAGAAUGCACCCCGGCUCCUGCAGGACUCCCAGAAAAAGAUCAUCAGCAACCUGUUUCUGGGCCGGGCAGGCAGUGCCACAGUGCUCUCGGGCUCAAUUGCAGGCCUGGAAGGUGGCUCCCAGCUGGCCUUGCGCCGGGCAACUAGCAUGAGGAAAACCUUUACCACUGGCAUGGCAGCUGUCAAGAAGAAGUCACUGUGCAUACAGAUCAAGCUGCAAGUGGAUGCCCUCAUCGAUACCAUCAAGAGGUCCAAGAUGCAUUUCGUGCACUGCUUCCUUCCUGUGGCCGAGGGCUGGCCUGGGGAGCCCCGAUCUGCUUCUUCUCGCCGAGUUAGUAGCAGCAGUGAGCUGGACCUGCCUCCGGGAGACCCCUGCGAGGCUGGGCUGCUACAACUGGAUGUGUCCCUGCUCCGUGCCCAGCUUCGGGGAUCCCGCCUGCUUGAUGCAAUACGCAUGUACCGCCAAGGUUACCCAGACCACAUGGUGUUUUCUGAGUUCCGUAGGCGCUUUGAUGUCCUGGCCCCACACCUGACCAAGAAACAUGGGCGUAACUACAUCAUGGUGGAUGAGAAGCGGGCUGUGGAGGAGCUGCUGGAGUCCCUAGACCUGGAAAAGAGCAGCUGCUGCAUGGGCCUGAGUCGGGUAUUCUUCCGGGCAGGCACGUUGGCACGGCUGGAAGAGCAACGAGACGAGGAAACCAGCAGACACCUGACCCUGUUCCAGGCAGCCUGCAGGGGCUACCUUGCCCGCCAGCACUUCAAGAAGAGAAAGAUCCAGGACCUGGCCAUUCGCUGUGUGCAGAAGAACAUCAAGAAGAACAAGGGGGUGAAGGACUGGCCCUGGUGGAAGCUCUUCACCACUGUGCGGCCCCUCAUCCAAGUUCAGCUGUCUGAGGAGCAGAUCCGAAACAAAGACGAGGAGAUCCAGCAGCUGCGAAACAAGCUUGAGAAGGUGGAGAAAGAGAGGAAUGAGCUUCGGCUCAACAGUGACCGGCUGGAGACCCGGAUCUCAGAGCUGACAUCGGAGCUGACUGAUGAACGCAACACAGGAGAGUCCGCCUCCCAGCUGCUGGACGCGGAGACAGCCGAGAGGCUCCGGACCGAGAAGGAAAUGAAAGAGCUACAGACCCAGUACGAUGCCCUGAAGAAGCAGAUGGAGGCGAUGGACAUGGAAGUGAUGGAGGCCCGGCUCAUUCGGGCAGCCGAGAUCAACGGGGAGGUGGAUGACGAUGACGCAGGGGGAGAGUGGCGGCUGAAGUACGAGCGAGCUGUUCGGGAGGUGGACUUCACCAAGAAGCGGCUUCAGCAGGAGCUGGAAGACAAGAUGGAGGUGGAGCAGCAGAACAGGAGGCAGCUGGAGAGGCGGCUUGGGGACCUGCAAGCAGAUAGUGACGAGAGUCAGCGGGCACUGCAGCAGCUCAAGAAAAAGUGCCAACGGCUCACAGCUGAGCUGCAGGACACCAAGCUGCACCUGGAGGGCCAGCAGGUCCGAAACCAUGAGCUGGAAAAGAAGCAGAGGAGGUUUGACAGUGAGCUCUCCCAGGCACAUGAGGAGACCCAGCGGGAGAAGCUGCAGAGGGAGAAGCUUCAGCGGGAGAAGGACAUGCUCCUAGCUGAGGCCUUCAGCCUGAAGCAGCAGAUGGAGGAAAAAGACUUGGAUAUCGCAGGGUUUACCCAGAAGGUUGUUUCCUUGGAGGCCGAGCUUCAGGACAUUUCUUCUCAAGAGUCUAAGGAUGAGGCUUCUCUGGCCAAGGUCAAGAAGCAGCUCCGGGACUUGGAGGCCAAGGUCAAGGAUCAGGAAGAGGAGCUGGAUGAACAGGCUGGGAGCAUACAGAUGCUGGAGCAGGCCAAGCUGCGUCUGGAGAUGGAGAUGGAGCGGAUGAGACAGACCCAUUCCAAGGAGAUGGAGAGCCGGGAUGAGGAGGUGGAAGAGGCCCGGCAGUCAUGUCAGAAGAAGCUAAGGCAGAUGGAAGUUCAGCUGGAGGAGGAGUAUGAAGACAAGCAGAAGGCGCUGCGGGAGAAACGGGAGCUGGAGAGCAAGCUCUCCACGCUCAGUGACCAGGUGAACCAGCGGGACUUUGAAUCAGAGAAGCGGCUACGGAAAGACCUGAAGCGCACCAAAGCGCUGCUGGCAGAUGCUCAGAUCAUGCUGGACCACUUAAAGAACAAUGCCCCCAGCAAGAGGGAGAUUGCCCAGCUGAAGAACCAGCUGGAAGAGUCGGAAUUCACCUGUGCAGCAGCUGUGAAGGCACGGAAAGCAAUGGAGGUGGAGAUGGAAGACCUGCACCUGCAGAUCGAUGACAUCGCCAAAGCCAAGACAGCGCUGGAGGAGCAACUGAGUCGCCUUCAGCGUGAGAAAAAUGAGAUUCAGAACCGGCUGGAAGAGGACCAGGAGGACAUGAAUGAGCUGAUGAAGAAGCACAAGGCGGCCGUGGCUCAGGCCUCCCGGGACAUGGCACAGAUGAAUGAUCUCCAAGCUCAGCUCGAAGAGUCCAACAAGGAGAAGCAGGAGCUACAGGAGAAGCUACAAGCUCUGCAGAGCCAGGUGGAGUUCCUAGAGCAGUCCAUGGUGGACAAGUCCCUUGUCAGCAGGCAGGAAGCGAAGAUCAGGGAGCUGGAGACACGCCUGGAGUUCGAAAAGACCCAAGUGAAACGUCUGGAGAGCAUGGCCAGUCGGCUCAAAGAAAACAUGGAGAAGCUGACUGAGGAACGGGACCAGCGCGCUGCAGCUGAGAACCGUGAGAAGGAGCAGAACAAGAGGCUCCAGCGACAGCUCCGUGACACCAAGGAGGAGAUGAGCGAGCUUGCCAGGAAGGAAGCUGAGGCUAGUCGCAAGAAGCACGAACUGGAGAUGGACUUGGAGAGUCUGGAAGCCGCUAACCAAAGCCUGCAAGCUGACCUAAAGCUGGCGUUCAAACGCAUUGGGGACUUGCAAGCCGCCAUUGAGGAUGAGAUGGAGAGUGAUGAGAAUGAGGACCUUAUCAACAGUUUGCAGGAUAUGGUGACAAAAUAUCAGAAAAGAAAGAAUAAACUUGAGGGCGACUCAGACGUGGACUCAGAGCUGGAGGACCGGGUCGACGGUGUCAAGUCCUGGUUGUCAAAGAACAAGGGACCCUCUAAGGCACCUUCCGACGAUGGCAGCUUAAAGAGUUCCAGGACGGCUCUCAACAGCCUCCCUAAGGAGGGCAAGGGGCCAGAGGAGAGACCCUCCUCUGUACUCAGCUCCCUCAGCUACCGCAAGAGGCUCACCCUGAAGGACUCCAUCGGGGGCACUGGAGACCAGGACUCGCUCCUCACCACCCUGAGUGAGCGUGCCACCUCCCCUGAAAGGCCGCCCAGGAAGGCCCGUGUGGGCCCCAGGGAGGAACCUGACCAGGCCCAGGGCAGGAGGUGCGAAGAGCUGGAUGAUUGUAGCUCCAUCUUCUCAGUGGCUGGGAGCCGCACUGGCCGGGGUCUGGAGAAGCGCUGGGGCUCAGACUUUGACCGAGCCUCAACAGUCUCUGCUCCGGUCAGCCGGGCCUCCUCAGCCACUCGAGGCUCUGGGGAAGAUAGGGCUCGCUCCUCCAUGAGCUUCUCACUGUCAGGCUCACCCAGCUCCCGUCGUAGCACAUCCAGGCUCGACAGCUUGUCAAGGACUGUAAGCCCUUCCUGGAACCGGGCCUCAGGCCUGAGUCGGGAGAGCCCUGAAUCCAGACUAUCCCUCGGCCAGAGCUGCCUGGAUGAGUGGGAUGAUGGAGCCAGCGUGGCCCUCAGUGAGGCACACUCACAGUUUAGCCAUCCAUCACUGGCCCGGAGCCUGUCUGUGCCACCCCAGCCACGGGGCUCCUCCUCAGCUUCAGCCUCUGUCACUGAGGGUUCCAGCAUCCGACCUGUCAGCCGCCACUCCUACCUGGAUCCAGACCUAGAGGCUGCCAUUAACGAGGUCUUGAGCUACAAACCUGUGCCGUUCCAGCGGAGCAGCCUGGAGCCCGACUCUGAGGAUGAUGACCGGAAGAGCAUCCAGAGUGCCCAGAGUGCUCAGCUGGAGUACCCAGAGAGGGACACCAGCAUCCGCCGCUCUGCCUCUGCUGCAGAUGUCUCUUCGCGCAGUGGCCGCAAAAGCCGGAGCAAACAUAGGAGCAAACGGAGCAGCCCCAGCUCCAGCUCCAGCUCUUCCAGCUCGGAAGGUUCCUCAGAGCACAAGCGGCGGAAGAAGGGGCGCUCUCGGAAGAGCAAGAAGAAAUCCAAAUCCAGGAGAAAGAAAACAGAGACCGAAUCUGACUCCUCAUCCUCAUCCAGUGGCUCCACGGUCUCGGGCCACAGCCGCUCCAGUGUGAAAAAGGGCCCGACGGCAGACAUCGAGGAAGUGGGGCAAACUCCAAGACGGUCAAAGAAGGAAGAGAAGCAGCGAAAGAAAGAGGUCGACAGCCUGAUGAUGCGGUACCUGUACCGACCAGAGAGUGACUAGCGC